ACGGCUCCACGCUAUCUACCUUUGGCUUUGACAUAAUCGCAAGCGAGAAAAAUCUUGAUCUUUGCGGUUUGGUGAGUCACCGCCUCACCGGAGACCGGGGCAUCCUGUUUCUCAUCUUCGUUGGACUUUGACUCUCGUAGAGCUACUAUCUCUGUAUCCAUUCAUAAAAGCAACGACGGCCACGGCCAUCCAAAGGCAUUAAUUCAUCACUUCCACAUGAAGAUCCCAUCCGGCGUUUCUCUGCGUACAAUCAUCACUUUUCUCUCCAUUUCGUUUAUCUUCUAUGAAUCCGCGGCUUCCUACUCAGAUUCGCCUGGUUGGACCAUUUCUCCUGCAAAAGUAAAGCAGGUCUCCUGGAAACCAAGAGCUUUUGUCUACCAAGGCUUCCUUACAGACGAAGAAUGUGAUCAUUUGAUAUCUCUUGCGGAAUCGGAGCUGAAGAGAUCUGCCGUUGCAGAUAAUGUCUCAGGGAAAAGCAAACUCAGCGAUGUCCGAACUAGCUCGGGAAUGUUUAUCAGUAAGGGAAAGGAUCCCAUUGUUACUGGUAUAGAGGACAAGAUUGCAGCCUGGACCUUUCUUCCCAAAGAAAAUGGUGAAGACAUACAAGUACUACGCUAUGAACAUGGACAGAAGUAUGAUCUGCACUAUGAUUAUUUUGUCGACAAGGUUAAUAUUGCUAGAGGCGGACAUCGCAUUGCCACUGUACUUAUGUAUCUGACUGAUGUGACAAAAGGUGGUGAAACAGUAUUUCCUACAGCAGAGGAGUCUCCACGUCGUAGAUCACCCACUGUAAAUGAUGAUUUAUCAGAGUGUGCAAAGAAGGGAAUAGCAGUUAAACCACGUAGAGGAGAUGCGCUUCUCUUCUUUAGUCUCCACCCCGAUGCUACUCCAGACCAGAGCAGUCUCCAUGCUGGAUGCCCAGUAAUUGAAGGUGAGAAAUGGUCUGCAACCAAGUGGAUACAUGUGAACUCAUUUGACAAAAAUAUUGUAGCUGGCGAUGGCUGUACGGAUGAGAACGAAAGAUGUGAGAAGUGGGCUUCGCUUGGAGAAUGCACAAAUAAUCCAGAGUAUAUGGUUGGAACUCCACAGCUUCCAGGUGCCUGUAGGAGGAGUUGUAAGGUGUGCUAGGAUCUUAUUCCAUUAUGGUUCCCAUAUAGAGAAUCUUCUGUAUCCCACUGGGUUUCUGUCUUAUCUCCAGACGUGCUGGGUUAAGACUUAAGACAACCUUUUUUUGCUGUAAGAAUGUUUCACCGCUCUUGAAAAGAAUAUAUUUGACUGGUAAUUAUUUUUUUAUUAGACCUUCA